UGUUUUUUUUAACUCCUCAAUUGUGGCAUUUCCCAGGUGUCUACACCCACAUACUGUAAAUAUGUCUACACCCACAUACUGAUUGAAACGCUGCUGUCAUCACUUCAACUUCAUUCACAAAAAAAAAAAAAAAAAAACAUCUACAGUGUCGUCAUCACGUUGUGACCCUGUCUUAAAAGUUUCUGAUAGAUGUGCCAGUGAUUAACGAGCAGUGACAGUUUUAGCAACACCUGUCAAACUGAUCAAUUGAAGUAACACCAUGAGAUGUAAAUAAGCUACCUGUCAGCCUCGUCAGUGACGGUGUACGCAGAGGUGGUUUGCUUUGUUUUUCUUUUAAAAUGUGCGUGACAGUGGAGGAAGAGCCAAUCAGACAUUUAAACACAAGCUGCAGCCUGCACAAGAGCAAAUCAAUCACAACGAUUGAAGAGGUCAACAAUGUCUCUAAUUGUCAUAUUGCUCAUGGUGACAUUGGUUACCCCUCAGUGUUGGAGUGCACCACCGCGGAGAAAUUGGACUCCUCAGGCCAUCCUAUACCUAACAGGAGCACAAGGUCACCGCUCAGUGUUGGAGCGCACCACAAGAGAGGAGGGGGAGACUUUACAUUUAGUAACUUACAACCAGGGCAGAGAUGGACCGGGAUCGUCUUUGUCGUCAUUUCUUCUGGAUCUUCUGCAACGUGCUGUGGUAGAAGAUGGAGGUAAUCCAGAUUUUAAUCCAGAUGAGCAAAGGCAGAACUUUAACUUGUUGUGAUAUUAUAUCAGGGUUAAUUUUUUCAUGAUGGUAGUAUUAUUUGUUAUUUACUGCUUGUAUUGAAAUGUGCGUUAUAAAUAAAACUCCAUGUCCUUGUCUGUGAGUUGUGAUUGUACAAGUGUAAGCCGUGCCUUUGAUUUGUUUCUGCACUGAAGUGUUUACAUCUUCUUCUCUUGAAUGAGCUAAUC